UAUACAAUGGACAAUAUGCACAGUGCUUGUGUUAUAAAUAUUUUGCUGAGCUGGGCUGAGAAAAAGGGCACAGUGCUUAUGACAUGUAACCUGCAUGCUGUUUUCUUGCAGACAAUAAAACUAACUUCAGGCGUGUGGUACUGGAAAGAUGACACUAACACACUUGAAUUUGCAAGCUCCAGUCCAGCAGCUGAGGAAAACCUUAAUGAAGGAAAAAACGCUCACUUUCAGGAAAUAUGUGUCAAGACAUUAAAGAGCAUUUUCCAAGAUGAAUGCAGUGCUACGCUCCCUGAAAAAAGGCUGGCUGACAAUGAGGAAAAAAUUCAUAAGCUGUCAAAGUGGAUAAAACAUGAAUAUGUCACACUGGAUGAUGUCAAAUAUCUUGCUUUCCUUUUGAGAGAAGAAAAUGAGUCACAUCGCAUGCUACCAUUUGCAGCAGUUAUGGGGAACAAGAAACUGGAUGAGUUCCUCAUGGCCCUGCUUUUCUACAUGUCUUUUUACCUGGAAAAAAUUGCCCUGGAAAAGAAAACCCAAUCCUUGAUUUUGUCUGUGAUUUUUCUGGAAAAUAAAGCAAUGGACGAUGUGUUGGCAAAGUUAGCGGUGGCCAAGAUUUACCUUGCCAAAGUUUACAGUAACUUUGUCCUUGAGAGAGGCAGAGCAGAGCGGAGUCGCACGUCUCACAGAAAGAGAAAAACAUCUUUGCAGAAAGAUCGGAACUUCUUUGAGGGCUUCUACAACUUCUGCAGCUACGUGACUUGGCUUGUGUUCGGGCGGAAACACUUCCAAGUGAUUCGGGAAGAAAUCGGCAGGCUCCUCUGCUCCGACAUGUUCAAUCUCGCCUUAAGAGACAGGAAGCAUGUUUCUUUGCAGACUGCUGAUGCAAAUGCAGUGAGAUUACCACGUCAGAGACAAGUCGGUGCCAAGCAUCCAUCCAUAAACAGCAUGGUUUACCAGCACUCACCUGUGCUCAGCACACUGCUGCCCUUACCAAAGGAGAGUGCUCAGUACCGCUCCCAGAGCCACUACUGUCAGGGCAGAGACCCACAGCCCUGCUCGUGUGACAUCCUACCAGACUUCUCACAAUUGCUUACUACCAAGGUGGGCAUCAUUGGAGCUCACUGUAGUGAGUUAAAUUCCUUUUUGCUCCAGUCUGAUGGGACAAAGGAAGAGGAAGAACAAGACCAAGACCAAGAACAAAGAGAAGAACAAGGAAAUCUAAGGAGUCAUUCCUUUGUCCUGACAAAAGAUCUGAGUUUAUCAGCUCUGUGAAGCCCCCAGAAAGGCUUAGUAGAGACAGUGCUGUAUUCUCAAGAGCAACAGCAGAAGGUGAUCGUAACCAGAACAACUAGCAGAAGUUGAGUGACAUGGUUUAAUGUUGCUAAGUAAAUAAUUUUGAAAUUGCAGCUUAAAAAGCCAAAAUCAUUUAUCAGAGGUGGGGUAGUGUAGUACACAAGCAUAUGUAUGGCUGACUGAAGACCUGGACUGUAAUUCCUGGUUCUGUCGCUAUUCCUCUUUUAUCUUAACGCCUUCUUCUCACCAUUUCUGAGAAAUUAUUUUACUGACUUAUUUUGGGAAGUGCUUUGACACCUGCAGAUGAAUAUGAUUAUUGAUUUUAAUGUCAGCCUUCUUUUUUUAAAGGAUUAGCAAAGUAACCAGGAAACAUGACUUACUAUGGCCUAAAAGUUCCUUAAACUGUCCUUUUAGAGGAACUUACUCUUGAAUCUUUGAUAUAUUGUUUACUCCUUUUUUAAUUUCCAUCACCUCUCAUUUAGUUCUAAUAUUUUGUAGCCUAAUUUGGUAGCCUAAUUUAUGACUCACUGUGAAAAGAGUAUAGCAAAGAGGAGUCUUCAUAUACAUGAUGUGAAGUUUACUCAGAAUUAACUUUUCCAAGUUUUACAUUUGCGUUCAUAUUGGGCAGACAGGUUAGUGCUCUUAUGAUCAUAAAAAUGGUGCUUUGGUUGCAGGUUUCCUGGGAGUCUGGUUGGGCAAAGCAUGUGCAGCUGUCUCUCCCAGUGGCAUAAGCUACUCCUGGAUGCUACAUACCUGGCUGGACAUGCAAGAGGCAAUUGUGCUAUCACUGCCCUGCAGCAACAUGGUUUCUCUACUGAAUGAUGCAGCAAGAUGUUGGCCAAUACCUGGAGCUAAGGGAGACUAUUUCAUAGCUUCCUUCUCAUGGUGUUGGGAGAAAUCUUUCAGUUUCUGUUUUAGGAGGCCUUGGCUUGGUCUCAGUUAUCUUUGUCUGCAUCUGUAUCAUGCUGUAUGGCACGCUCUGAGUAAAACCCGACGGUUCUAGUGAGUUCUGCUUUUAAGACACUGUGAUAGUAAGCCAAGUCCUCAGUGAUGGCUUUGGGCCUUCUAACAACAGCCUUGAACUUUCUAGAAAGGAUUGAGAAAUACUUUGAAAUUCAGGUCCUUUAGUCAGCAGAGUCCUUUCCAGGGUUACCUUCUCAGGGCUGAGCUCUGCUUUUUCUGAGGCAACGGAUGUCUAACACAGACACCCCAUACCUGUUUAAGCAUGUAAGCAAGGCCUGGCAGCCUUGCACACAUGACAGUGAGUCAUCCUUCCAGCAGGAGAGAGUGAGUCAGAAAGGGCAGUUGACAAGCUUUAUUUAUCGGUCUCCUGUUAUUUGGCCCAGGAGAAUUUCACUCUGCAAAACCCACCCUUGUUAAUGACAGGCAGAGCUCAGAAGUGUAUCAUGCAACUACUUGCUUUUAUUCCCAUGGGCUUUGCAUGCAGUUUCAUUAUCAGGAAGUCACGGCAGGUUGGCCAUUUCCAUGAAUUUCUUUUUUUAAAGGGACUCUGAGCAUGCCAGCUGUAUCAGAACAACUUGCCCAACCUAGGAUUACCAUAAACAAUACAAAUUCAAAUGCCUCCGAGUGAUGAAAAGAGCCGGGGGUUCUGUGCAACCGCAUUUAUUGAAUUCCCAUUUACUUUCUUCUCUUAGGGCUGACUUGCUCAGAACUUUAAUCAAAUGCUGCUAGCAUAGCCUAGUGUCUUGACUGGCUUUGGAUUAUGGUUCUGCCACUCACAGGCUCCAUAUAGGGUGUGUCAGGCUUUCGAGUGUACGUGUCUAUUUUCAGAAGUUAUUUUGCUCUGUUGUAGAAAUUCACACCAAGAAGAAAGUUGGCAGGAAACUUUGCAGCUCAGAGAUGGAAAAAGAAACAGAAGAAAAAAAAAAAAAAAAGUCUGCCUGAUGAUUAAUGAAGGAAACCCUGCCCUGAGAGGCUUCAGGCUUUGUGCUUGGGAGAGAGGUGGCAUUGCAGCAGGGAGAUCCACCGAGAUGUGGAAUGACCAUUUUGUGUAGUUGGGGUAUGGAAAGAAGCAGUAUAGACUUCAUCCAUUCUACUUGUGUUCUGGGGGAGUUCAGGGCAGUAACUCAUGAAGGCAGCACUCCCAGCAGCAGUGCUGCAGGGCUCAGCAAUCCGAGCCCACAUGGCAGGUCCUGGAGCUCUUGCAAAUUCUUUGUGGUCCUGUUGGUUCAUCUUGUUCUGUUAGAGGCUGGUGUCUGAUAUACAGGGAAAAGCAAUCUGAGCCUUCUCGUUUUCCUCUGCAAGAAAGAUAGGCCAAAAGCAGCACUUCAUCAGCUGCUAACAGGUUUUGUCCAUUUUUACUUGGAUUCAUACAUGUAUUCAUGCAGUUAAAUUUGCUGCAUAGGAGAAUAAUGCCUCCAUAUGCCUUUGGUAAUAUGGCUUUUUGUUGCUCCCAGCCAAGUGGGGACUUAAAAGAUGCUGCAGUGGUGAAAGGCACCAUCGUGUUUCAUGAUCCUGCCCGUGUCCCUCCUCUGCCUGGGGUCCAUCUCCUUUGCCCUCUCAAUUAAACAAAAGAUUCAGGAAUCCUUGACAGAGCUCUGAAGAUGCUUCUCAUUGCUCCUGUUUGUUCUGCUGCUCAUCUCCCUGCCAAAGCCAAGCUGCACCUACCAACCAGCCAGCCCAGGAGAAGUACAAUUUGUACAGAUUGCUGACACCGUCACCUUGGUUGGUCCUCACCAGCAGAUGGGCGUGAUGCUUGUGAUGCCUUUUCACCUCCAGGUGUGCUGGGGGAAAGAGUGCGGCGGUGAGACUGGAAACUGAACCAGGCAAUGAUUUGCACUAUGAGAGGAAGUUGUCAGUCUGGAUUUUCUUAAGCAAGGCUUCCAAACAGUGGUGGCAUGUGUUCCUGCACUGGAUGGGACUAAAACCUUCAUCUUGCAAGCAAACCAUGUACCAGAUACGGUUCUUGUGGCUCAGGCUAUAUCAGAAUGUUUGUGGUGAGAUUUUUACAGUUUGCAGCAAAAAUAAAACAAACUGCAAUUCGCAGAAUGUGGAGAUAUUCUUACUCUGGCUCAUCUUCAUGUGAGAAAGCUUGAAAGAACAGGCUGUAAUUAUCCUGUCAUCUGUUACAGCCCUUCUAUCUGGAAGAGAUAUAAUAAUAUUAAUGCAAUGUAUUUCUUGGUGUCAUUAUUUACAAAACAAUAAAUAGUCAUUUUUCCUUUUCUUUGAAUACAGUAGAAACAAUCUCAAAUUGUUUCUGUACACACAUUCUUGAGACUGCUGGUCCCAACAACGUCUGGCUUCAAAAGAGUUCCCUCUGUGAUGCUCCUUACUUUUCCCCCUCCUGUACCAAGCCAACACAAGCACAGCAGCUAUGAUGGUGUCUCGGCAAGUACAGCAGUUCCUGAAUUUGCAGUCUUGCUGUGGAAGCUAGAUCUCUAGGAGAGGGCUUCCAUUGUUCAUCUGUCUUUACUAUGUUAUAAAGGAUAGUUAUUCCUUCUGCUGAACCUGGCAUAGUAUGCAUGACAUGUUUUUACUGUGCUGUAUAGGUACUGUGGAUUGAAGACUUGCCCAAAGGCUGCCAUUAGCAUUUUUUCAGUGUAAUCAUCAAGAGAAGGAGGUUCAACAUCUAAUUUAGGUGUUUAUAGUAGGUCAUCUUAAGACAGUGCCCAGAUCUCUAUAUUGAUUGGACCUGGAGAUGUGGUAUUGCAGACCUGGAUAGGCAAGGGAUUGACCUAUACUUUGUCCUUUGUACUCAGAAGCUGCAAGAGCUCUCACCCCUGAAGUGCUGUGAUUUAUGCUUUUUAGGAAAGAGGAGGGCGAGAUGUAAGAGGUGGUUGUGCUCUGUACGAAGAGGAGCAGCUCAGAUGCAUGGAGUUCUGUGCACUGUGUGAUGGGCUGGUCAGAAGCUUAUAAGACAGGAUCAAAGGAAAGGCAAAGUACAGGUAACACUGUGGUAGGCACUUGCUACAGAUCACCUAGUCAGAAAGACAAAACAGAUGAAGCCUGCAGAAAUAUGAAAUAAGUGUCAGUGUUUCAAGUCUUGACAUUUACAGGAGAUAUUAACCAACGUGACAUCUGCUGGGCAGGAAACAGUAGGGCACAAGCAAUUCACGUUUCCUGAGUGGGUCAGGACAAUGUGCUGCUGGUAACAAUGUGAAAAACAAUAGGAAGGGUUUCUAGGGGUGUGUUAGAAGUGAUAGGGAAACCAAGAUGUGGAUCUGCUGCUGAACAGGGCAGGUGAGCUGGAUGAACAACAUGGAAAAUUCAGAGGUUCUCAGCAUUUUGUUUGCCUCAGUCUUUACUGUUAUAGUCUGUUCCUGGCUAUCUGUGUCAAGAGGCAGAGUUUGGAAGAUAAAGAUACUACCUGCAGUAGAAGAUGAUUAUGCUGCAGUGACUUACAUAAAAUGAACGUAUACAGAUCCAUGGGACCAAAUGGGAGGCAGUUCAGAUUGACAUAAGGAAGAAAAUUCUUUAUAGUGAGAGUUCUCAAGCAGUGGAGCAAGUUGCCUAGAAAAUGUGUUCAAUUUCUACCCUUAGAUGAAUUCAAAACUCGGCUAAAUCAGACAUUGAGAAACCUGCUUAUUCAUUGAGCAGGAGAUUGUAUGAGAGCCCAGCAGAAGUCAUUUCCAACCUAUUUUUUUCUAUGAUUCUUAGUAGAUGUCUGAAUAUAAUCUGAAAAGCCCCCUGGAAAUGAGAUGCAUAUGCCUUAAAAUGUGCAACACUGAAGGUAACAUGGCCCAAAUGCCACGCAGCCCUUGAAUGGGCCCAUAGGCCAUGGAAGUAUAGAGGAGAAGGUAACAGUGGUGGUACAGGGAAUGCAGCCAAUAGGAAGGACCAUGGGCCAGGAGGAUUAGUAGCACUUAAGCAGUGCUCUCUGCUGCUCCAUUCUAAUCUGUCACCCUGCAGGUGUGCUGUAUGUAUUCUAAUAGGUAGUCCAGAUCCUCCCAGUGCUCAAGGUAUUGGUGUCACACUCUUUGAAGUCCUUACGAGUCCCUAACAGCUCUCUGUCCAAGAUCCCUGGGUAGCCUGAGCUCUGAGUUAGUGCUGACGUCCGUUUGAGCAACUGUGGCAGCUGGGAGCUGAUGUGUUCUUGUUUUACCCAGCUGGCAGCACUUACAAUAGCAGCACAGAGUGCAGGGAAGGUCUUGCCAGGGGGUUAGUCACCAGCAGACAUGCUGUCUAUAAGCUCCCGGGGCAAAUACUCUGUUGCUGGGGUGGGCUGGCACACACACUGCUGCAUCUUCACAGCUCUUGCUACCAGACCUGGGCACACCUCCAGUGCACACUGGAACCCUACGAAGGCCUCAGUUUCUUGCAAUGCUUUUGCUUUGUCCCUGAGCAGCUCCUGCUUCAGGUGGUGUUACACAGCUGCUGGUUCAGCAGGUUCACUCCCACAGGAAAGCUACUGUAAGUAUUUCAGGUUUAAUUUAGAGUAAUUUAGGUUUAAUCAGUGUUUUGGACCUUUUGUCAUUCUUUAUUUUGACACUAUUUCAGAAGGGCUGCCUUUUGGGCUAUUGAAUCCUCUGCAGACUACUGGUUGGAAGCAGUUUUUCCAGGCCUGCAUCUCUGCAAGUGAGGCACUCUAACCUUUGGUGGCUGGCCAGGAGGAGCCACAAUGUCCUGGAGUCUCUCUCGUGGAUGGUGAAAUCUUGGGGAAUAAAGUCCUAAAAGAACAAAGCUUAACUCUGCAGUAAGAACUACGCUUUAAACAGGGUGAGUUGUUUGUGCACAGCAGUAAUUAAAUUGACAUUUUCUGUCAUUUCUUUGAACAGUCCUUGAUGUUGCAUCUGAAUUACUGGCUGAUGGAAGUCCCAACCUCAAUCUUUCAGCAGAAGUUGUGUGACCAUGGAAAUGUGAGAAAACUUGCUGAGAGCAUAUCUGCAUUAAAGUAAUAGGCUUUGGUGCAAUUCUAAGAGUUGAUUUCCAAACAGGGUUUGAUUCCUGUGUUAAUUUGUGCUUGCUGUGACUAGAACUGUAUUUGGUUGGACUGGAUGAUCUUAGUGGUCUUUUUCAACCUUAAUGAUUGUGUGAUUCUUUUUUAAGUUGUAGUCCUUCUCCCCAUGGUCCAUGGUCAGGCUGUGACUGAAGUACCACUCAAGAGGGGAUGUUUUUUUUAGGGAAAGGACAACUGAUAUGCAGCAUCAUGCAGAAGUUUGCUAGGAAAGCAGAGAAGCUGGGUAAAACAUCCAGGAACUCAGUGUAAAUAUCAAGAAUCUCUUAUUGCUUAAAUGAUCUUAAAUAUUAUGUGUUAUCACAGGAUAAGAAUUGUCUCUUGAUAUACAUAUAUAUUUAGCAAAGAUCACUGACAUAUUCCCUUUGAAGUAAACAACACUGUGCUCAGUAGAGCAAGAGUUACUGCAGGAGAACAAAUAGCCAGAUUUGCUCUGAA